AUGUCCCCGACAUUUAGCACCUCGAAAACUGACCGCGUCCGUCAACAAACAGAGCAGUUCAUCGAGUUCUACUACAACCAGUUCGACUCGGAUCGCAAGGGACUCGCCAGCCUUUACCGUGACCAGUCCAUGCUGACUUUCGAGUCUGCCUCUUCUCUCGGUGCUACCAACAUCGUUGAGAAGCUUUCGUCUCUUCCUUUCGAGAAGGUCAAGCACCAGGUUUCCACCCUUGACUCUCAGCCCACUCUCGAGGGCGGUAUUAUGAUUCUCGUCACCGGACAGCUCCUUGUCGACGAAGAGCAGCGCCCCAUGAACUACACCCAGGCUUUCCAGCUGUUGCGCGACCCUACCGGCAACUACUUCGUUUUCAACGACAUCUUCAAGCUUGUCUACGGUUAA